AAAGGCAGACUUUGGACCCACUUAACUCACUCUUCUCCUCUUCCGGGUGUCCCAGACAUAAGCCUUCUGUCUACCUGCACUGCCAGGCUCUUCAGUCCCCACCAUGAAUAUCCAGUUUGCCCCUACCGACCUGCCCCUAAGCAGAAGACUGCAGACGGCCUCGGUGCUACAGUGGGUCUUCUCCUUUCUGGGCCUGGCUCCAAGCUGCAUCGUGCUGUUCUUUGUGUUGAUGUUCACUCGGUUCUGGCUGGUCAGCGUGUUGUACGCCUGCUGGUGGUUCAUCGACUGGGAAACACCAUCCAAGGGGGGCAACAGGGUUCACUUCCUCUCCAAUCUACGUGUCUGGGACUACAUGAGGGACUACUUCCCUGUAAAGUCUGCUGUCCCCACAUGCUUCAAGAUGGCCACCUUUGUUCCCGUACCCAAGAAUGCAAAGCUGGUGAAGACAGUGGACUUGGACCCCAGGCAGAACUACAUACUUGGUUUCCAUCCCCAUGGGAUCCUGGUGGCUGGAGCCUUCACUAACUUCUGCACGUAUGCUACAGGCUUCAGGAAACUGUUCCCUGGCCUGGACAGCUUUCUGCUGAUGCUACCUCUCUGGUUCAGAGCCCCCUUCUUCAGAGACUACAUCAUGAUGGCAGGUCUGAUUCCCUCGGACAAGGAGAGUGCCAGCUAUCUGUUACGUCGACAGGGAGGUGGGAAUGCCGUUGUUAUAGCAGUAGGAGGAGCCCCCGAGGCCCUUGACGCACGCCCUGGCGCCUUCACCAUUCUCUUAGCCAAUAAGAAGGGCUUCAUCAAACUGGCAAUGGAACAUGGUGCCCAUCUGGUGCCGGUCUUCUCCUUCGGGGAGAAUGAGUUGUUCGACCAGGUGGAAAACUCUCGAGGCACCUGGAUCCGCUUGAUUCAGGACAAGCUGCAGAGCUUCAUGGGUAUCUCUCUGCCCCUCUUCCACGCACGGGGCAUUUUCCAGUACAGCUAUGGUAUCAUGCCCUACAGGAAGCCCAUCAACACUGUGGUGGGACGGCCAAUCAGAGUGGAGAAGAAUGAGAAGCCCACAGUGGAGGAGCUUGACGCCCUCCAUCAGCUCUACACAGAAGAACUCAGCCAGCUGUUUGAGGAGCAUAAGGGCAAGUAUGGAGUGCCAGAGGACCAACACCUCAGCUUUGUCUGAGCAGGACUCACAACCAGGAGAGUGAGAGUGAGAGUGAGAGUGAGAGAGAGAGAGAGAGAGAGAGAGAGAGAGAGAGAGAGAGAGAGAGAGAGAGAGAGAGAGAGAGAGAGAGAGAGAGAGAGAGAGAGAGAGGGGGAGA